UAUCAUGUGAUGUAUAACGUACAGAGACAAACAGAACAUUAGUAGUUUUUUGUCAUUCGGCUAAUUUAAUUACUAUAUCUCAGCAAUGGGACAGCAAAAAGAUAGGGUUGUGGCAGAAGUAAUGGCAAGGGGCAAACUUCUGCAUAUGAAUGCAGGUAAUGGAGAAUGCAGUUAUGCUAGAAGCUCUACUCUUCAGAGAAAGGUAAUACUAAAAGCAAAACCUGUUUUAGAAGAUGCCAUCAGGAAGAUGUUCAAUAGUGGUGAGUUUCCCAAGUGUUUUAAUAUGGCAGACUUGGGUUGCUCUUCAGGACCAAACACCCUUUUCACAGUGUCGAAUAUUAUGAAGAUCGUACAAAGAUUAUGCCACGAGAAGAGCUGCAAAAUGCCAGAGUUUCAAGCUUAUCUCAAUGAUCUCCCUGAUAAUGACUUCAACACUGUUUUCAAAUCGAUUCCAUCGUUCUAUCAGAAUCUCAAAGAUGGAGCAAAUUGUUUCGUAUCAGGCAUGCCAGGUUCCUUUUAUGAGAGGCUAUUUCCUACCAAAACCUUGCAAUUGGUUCACUCAUCUUACAGUCUUCAUUGGCUCUCCCAGUCUCCAGAAAAGAUUGAGAACAACAAUAGCAUAUACAUAACAAGGACAAGUCCUCCUCAAGUAUUUGAAGCCUACAAGAAGCAAUUUGAAAAGGAUUUUUCAAGGUUUCUGCAAUUACGCUCCGAGGAAAUAGUAACUGGUGGACACAUGCUUAUAACAUUUAUUGGAAGGAGCAUUCCUGAUCCCCAUGGAUAUCACUGUGCUCAUCUGGAUCUUCUAUCAGAGUCACUCAUCGAUUUAGUGCAUGAGGGACUUAUUGAACAGGCAGAACUAGACUCCUUCAAUUAUCCUUUUUAUUCACCAUACAAGGAUGAAUUAAAAAAGAUAGUUGAAAUGGAAGGUUCAUUUGAUCUUGAUAACCUAGAGAUUUUCCAAGUGAACUGGGAUGAGAGGGACGACGACGAUGACAUUUGUUUCGAUGCCUAUAGCAGCGGUAAACAUGUAGCAAAAACCAUGAGAGCUGUUUUAGAACAAAUGCUUGUUAGCCAUUUCCAAUUUGGAGACUCCAUUGUUGACUAUUUGUUUGAGAGAUAUGCCUACCAUUUGGCUUGUCAUUUGUUGGUUCAAAAAGGUAAAUUUUGCAACAUUGUCAUAUCUUUAAGAAAGAAAUGACAAAGAGUAAAAGAGACAACAGAUGCCGCACUUGCCAAUACAGCUACGUA